UAUUAUUAUUAUUAUUAUCAUUAUUAUUAUUAUUAUUGCAUGUUUGUGUUUGGUUUGGGUUUUAUGGUCUUGACAGUCUGCGGCGAUUUUGUAUUGAGCACAUUAGAUAUAUCUGCCUUCCAGUAACAUGCUCGGCUAACGCCAAAUCUUAUUUCCAGUCUGCUUACUCCACUCUUUCUUCACCAUGUGAGAUACCCAGUAUGACACUUUAUUAUUGAGGAAGACCGGUUCAUGCCUGAUCAUGCACUGCUAGAACUGAAAUGAAAUGAGACUGCUUCCUUAGCAUUAGCAUGCAACCAAGAGGCAGAGGUGAGUAGAAAGGCCUAUUCAAUUUUAUUACAGCAACUAAAUUAGGAUGCCUUCUUAGGAACACCAUACUUACACCAUGCUGCAGGGUUGCCCUCAAUUCUUCGUGAACUUGCUUCCACAAGGUGUUGGAAAACACUGCAUCGAGAUUUUCGUUCAUGUUGAUGUUCACAUAAUUGCUGCAGAUUUGUCAGCUGCAACGUUCAUGCUGCAGAUGCUCCUGUUCUAUCCCAUCCCAAAGGCACUCUAUUGGAUUCUGACACUGCACUCAUGAUCAUGUUCGACGACUUUCUGGAUGAUAAAAUUUAUCAAUUGUGGCCAUAAAUGGAUACACAUGGUCUGCAACAAUACUCCAAUAGGCUGUGGCAUUCAAACCAUGCUUGUGUGGUAUUAAGGAGCCCAUUAUGUGGCACAAGAAAACCUGUUGGCACAAGACAAUUUGGGGCUAUGGAUUCAUGCUGAUGAUGCCAAAUGUCCCUACCAUCUGCAUACUGCAGAAGAAAUUAAGAUUAAUCAGACCAGGUGACAUUUUUUCAACCUUCAGCUGUCUAGUUUGAGUGAGUCUACUGUGGCCUCAGAUUUCUGUUCUUGGCUGACAGGAGUGUAACCUGUGAUCUUCUGCUUAUGCUGUAGCCGGUUCUCUUCAAGGUUAGCGGUGAUAUGUGUUCCGAGAUCCUUUUUUGCAAAACAUGAUUGUAAAGAGUAAUUAUUUGAGUUAACAGAGCCUUCCUGUCAGUUCGCACAAAUCUGGCCAUUCUCCUCUGAUCUCUCUCAUCACCAAGGCAUUUACACCAACAGACCUGCUGCUCACUGUAUGUUUGUUUUUCACUGCAUGCCACAGUCACAGUGUAUGACUAGGCCAGGUGAGUGUUGGGAAGCAGCAGGGUGUUGAGUAAUCUGACUGCCUCAGGGAAGAAACUGUUGCAGAGUCUGCUGGUGGUGGCACGGAUGCUCCUGUAUCUUCUGGUAGCUGGCAGGAGGAUGAAGAGUCCUUGAGAGGGGUGAAUGGGGUCGUCCGCAGUACUGGUGGCUUUGUGGAUGCGGAGGUUGUCGUAUGAGGUGUCUGGUGGUGCCAAUAUUUUCAGCCGUCCUUCGAAUUCACUGCAGAGUCUUGCAGUUGGAGUCUGUUCAGUUCCCGUACCACAGGGUGAGACAGCUGUCAGGAUGGAGAGUGGUGGUGUUGGAGGUAGAGUUGCCAAUCCUGACAGACUAGGGUCUCCCAGUCAAAAAGUCCAGAGUCCAGUUGCAGAUGGAGGUGUUCAAACCUGCAGGCUCAACUUGAUCAGUUUCUGUGGGAUUAUUGUGUUGAAUGCAGACGUCUAUGAACAGCAUCCUUACAUACUUGUCCUUUUUGUCCAGAUGGGUCAGUGAAAGGUGGAUGGUAUCCCCUGUUGAGAGGUUGGGACGGUGUGCAUACUGAAAUGGGUCCAGUGUGAUGAGAAGGCUGCUUUUUGUGUUUCAUGACUAGCCACUCAAAAUACUUCAUAAUGGGGCAGUAGGGGUGUAACAAUAUAUCGUGGUACAAUAUCACAAUGCAAAAAUGUUGCGAUGUGUAUCAUAGCAUUAUGGAGAUUUAUAAUUUUUUUUAUCGUAUAGUUUGUUUGCAGUCACGUGAUUCUGAUGAAGUGCGAAAUUCAGAUGGAGGGCAGGGAGUGAAAAGCAGAAUGGACGAGAUGGCGGAAAGUCUGUACUGUACUGGUUUACACACUAUUACAAGAGAAAGAUAUAAACAGAAAAUCACAAAAUAUGUUGGAUGUGAUCCUUAUGCUAUGAAGAGGAGCGAUUUUUCUACUGAAUUGAAAUGCUUGCCUGCCAUCGAGGCGGUAGAUAUAAGCAACUACCUUGUCCUCCAGACAUCCUUCUACUCCAGAAAACAAAUGAAAGCUUACAAAAGUAUGGAGGACUACAACUUUUUUGUUAGCGGUUGGGUCAACGACCUCGGUACCACAGUACUUCACAAUGAUUUGGUUUUCGCCUGGGGUCACGCCCAGUCCUUCCUCUGCACUGAAACAACGCCUCCACUUGCCAUAUCGUGCCAUAGGAUGUCCCGUAGCCCUGACCUGAAAGAAGAUCCAAUGGAGUGCCCUCUCUGCAUGGAGCCCCUGGAGAUCGAUGACGUUAACUUCUUUCCCUGCACCUGCGGCUACCAAAUCUGCCGUUUCUGCUGGCACCGCAUCCGCACCGAUGAAAACGGCCUCUGUCCUGCUUGCAGGAAGCCCUAUCCAGAAGACCCAGCUGUAUACAAACCCCUGUCUCAGGAAGAGCUGCAGAGGAUAAAGAACGAGAAGAAGCAGAAGCAGAACGAGCGCAAGCAGAAAAUCACAGAGAACCGCAAACACCUGGCCAGUGUGCGCGUCGUCCAGAGGAAUCUGGUGUUUGUGGUGGGGCUAUCUCAGAGGCUUGCUGACCCAGAGGUCUUAAAGAAGCCAGAAUAUUUUGGAAAGUUUGGGAAGAUCCAUAAAGUGGUCAUCAACAGCAGCACCUCAUAUGCUGGCUCACAGGGUCCUAGCGCUAGUGCCUACGUCACUUAUAUUCGGUCAGAAGAUGCCCUUAGAGCUAUACAGUGCGUCAACAACGUAGUAGUAGAUGGCAGAACUCUUAAGGCAUCUUUAGGUACAACAAAGUACUGCAGUUACUUUCUAAAAAGCAUGCAGUGUCCAAAACCAGACUGCAUGUAUCUACACGAGCUAGGUGAUGAGGCAGCCAGUUUCACAAAAGAGGAGAUGCAGGCAGGAAAGCAUCAAGAGUACGAACAGAAACUUUUACAAGAGCUCUACAAAAUGAACCCAAGUUUCCUGCAGACAUCCACUGGGACUGGGGAGAAGACAAAAAGCAAAUCAGGCUCUGUGCAGAGUUCCAAUAAUAUCAAUAAAGAUGCAUGGCCAUCGUUACAGCCCAUGGGAAAGAUGUCCAAUGGGCUUCCAGAACUCCGUAAGAGCCCGCCUCUGGAUGGAGGCUCAGACUGUGAGCACUUGACUCCUGACGGGCCGGACUCUGAGCUCGGCCUUGGACCUCUCCCAGCCCUCUCGCCUUUCUCUUCAAACUGUGAACCUGCCAGUCCCAGUGAAAAUCCAACAGAAGCCAUCAGUAUAGGAAAUGGAGAGACACCACAGAUUCCCUGCAGCGACUCGCCAUCGCCCCCUCCAGGUGUGGCCCAGCCGUGUAUAGUGGCGCCUGCCAACGUAGCGGGUUUAACAGUGCGGUCACCCUUUGACGGGGCAGGCACAGAGUCGCAGUCACUGUUCUCUGACAACAGCAACUUCAGACAUCCAAACCCCAUCCCCAGUAGCAGCAGUGUUUCUGGUUUCCCUAGCUCCACACAGAGCAAUACAGACUGGCCCACCGCUCCCGAACCACAGAGCCUGUUUACAUCAGAUACCAUACCGGUCUCAUCCUCCACAGACUGGCAAGCAGCCUUCGGCUUCGGCUCUUCCGCCAAGCAGCAGGACGACGACCUUGGCUUUGACCCGUUUGACAUCACGAGCAAGGCGCUGGCUGAUCUCAUCGAGAAGGAGCUUUCAGUUCAGGACAAAACUUUGUCACCCAUGAGCCAUGUGACCCCAGCGCCGGGUUUCCCUCCUCAUAUCCCCAGCUCGCUACACAGUGCCAAGGGCCCCAUGCUGCCUCCUGCCUCGUCCACACACCUCCCCCUGAACUGUGGGCUGGCCCCCCGAGCCUUCUCCAACCAUCUCCAACACCCCCAGCUCUCCCAGCGCCCUGGCUACAACUCCUUCAGCUUGCCUGGACACGCACAGACGCUGGCAUCUCGCCACAGCUGGCUGGCUAUGACGGCACGUGCCAACCUGCCACACCUGAACCACACCACACAACACAACAGCAGCUUCUUGGACUUGAGUUUGACACCCCAACAACAGCAGCAGCAGCAUAGUACAGGUCUAGGAGGAAUCCCCAUUACAGGAUCCGUCGCAGCGGCAGAACCCGAAGUGAAAUAGCAGAAUUUGCUUGACUGGAUUUUGCUGCACUCAAACAAACCUGCACCAAACUAACCCACCAUAUAAGAUGUUUGAUUAUGAUUAAAUAAUUUGUGUAUUAAGAUAAAAUCUCCUGCUAUGUGGUAAACUUAUAAUUACAAAUUAAUAUAGCAACUAGUUGUUGUUGUUGUAGUUAUUAUUACACUUAUAUACAAAACAUUGUACUUUGUGCUUGUCAGUGUCCACUCGAGCAUAAACAUUAAUGUGGCGUGUGAUGCGACACUCCCGCAGGUGAUACUCCACCACUGCUGUCGUCAUGGCCCAUGUGUGUAUGUGUAUGUGUAUGUAUAUGUGUGUAUAUAUAUAUAUAUGUAUAUAUAUAUAUAUGUAUAUAUGUAUAUAUGUAUGUAUGUAUGUAUAUGGCCUGUAUGUGUGUAUAUAUGUAAUUAAAGAGAAUAGGCACAUUUACUAUAAAAUAUGUAAUUAAAGAGAGUAGGCAUAUUUACUACAAAAGCAAUGUUUGUACUGCAUUCUCAUAGGCAGCUUGUACUUCUAUACAUGUCAGACCUUUGUUUCAUUUCAGAUAAGGUCAUUGGCAAAUGCUUGAGAGAUUGAUUCAUUGUGGGGUUGACAGUGACCCCGCUAAGUCUGCCUUGAUUAUAUUUACAUCAGGUUGACAUCUGAGCAUUGCUCAUUCCUGUCAGAAAGGAUGAUUAAUUAGUAAAAUAUAACAAUUAUAAAGAUAUCAAGUCGUCCUAUCGGGCAAUAGGGCUGCCAUGCGUCUGCAAGUUAGCCAGAUAACUGUAGCCCAGUUAGCUAUGUAUGUUGGUUAUAUAUGGGUUUUUUUUUUUUUUUUUUUUUUUUUUUUUAAAUAAAUUGGGUCACCGAUCAUGGCCAUUUUCAUAUACAGUGAUAUAUUUUUCAUACAUGCAAUAAUACUUAUGAACACUCAUGGUCAACUUUAACAGGAAAAAGGCCAAGUGAUGGUUUUUCAAGUCAUCAACAGUCCAGUUUCAGUGAGCCUCUGCCCACUGUAGCUUCAGAUUCCUGUUCUUGACUGAUAAGAGAGGAACUCCUAUGUGGUCUUCUGCUAUUGUAGCCCAUUCACCGCAAGGACUGGUAUUUUGUGCAUUGUGAGAUUUUCUGCUCACCACAGCUAUAAGCAGUGGAUGUUUGAGUUACCGUAGCCUUCGAGUCAGCUUGAAGCAGUCUGGCCAUUCUACUUUGACCUCUCUCAUCAACAAGGUGUUUUUGCUUGCAGAACUGCCGAUCACUGGGUGUGGUGUUUUUUUGUUUGUUUGUUUGUUUUUAUUUUUCUCCCCCUUCACACCAUUCUGAGUAAACACUUGUGUGUGACUGUUGUGUGUGAAAAUCCCAGGAGAGCAGCAGUUUCUCAAAUACUCAACCCAACCUGUCUGGCACUAAUAACCAUGCCACAGACAAAAACACUGAUCACAUUUUCCCUCAUUCUGAUGUUCCUUGUGUAUAAUUAACUGAAAGUCUUGGCCUGUAUCUGCAUUAUGUUUAUGCUUUGCAGAGCAGCUGCAUGAUGAGCUGGUUUAAUAACCACAUGAAUGUGUAAGAGUACAAGUAUUCCUAUUAAAAUGGCUAGUUCAGUGUAUAUCUUAUUCCAUUCAAAUGUUUUGAUCUGAAGGAUCACAUAACAGCCAACCAACAUACAUGAUUAAGGAGUGUUAAUAAUUUUAGUAUCAAGCAUAUGUAUUGCAUAUUCCAGACUGCAUGAUUCCUAUUGUAUUAUUAUGGAGCUUUUCUGUAUGGCAGCAUUUAUGUUCUGUAAUCUAACAAGUAAUGUCCUCCUACCAUUUAGAUGAAGGGUCAUGUAUCGCCCUUCUUUUCUCCCUCUCAUGGAUGAGCUUCUUUUCAUCCGUGACCAUAGCAAUCUCAGCGGCAUGCCAAUUAGAGAUGGCAACAGAGCCAGGAGUUAUAUUUUGGACUGUAUUAAUUAAAUUGAAAAAAAAAAUCCAAGUAAUUAAAUUGAUCAUAUGUGCCAGUUAAUAAAUAAUAAUGAAUUGAAAUUGGAGCAUAAAUAAUUAACUGUGGUUCAAAUAUUUCUUUAUAUAUUCAUUUAAUAAUAAAGCGACGCUACACGUGACCUGAAAAAUGCCUUGAAAUUUCAAGCCGAUAGUCACUGUAUUUUUCGGAAGCCAGAACCUGCAUGUGUCGUACCUUUUUGUGAGAAUUUUCUUCUCUCCAGAUCCUCUGUAUCCUCAGACCACUUGGAAAGCAAUUCCAUAUGCACUUUUUAUUGACUUUGUUCUCUUAAGCAGUGCUUGCCUUUCCCUUCACUGUCGCUCCAAGCUAUCCUGCAUUAAACAUGCCAAGACUUCUCACAGUAGAUUCAAGAUGAAAUAGGCUUCUGAUGUUCAGAGCUCUAAAAAGAAGCAUGUUAAACCUGGUACUUUCUUUUGCUCAUUCAGAAAACCUUUUAAAAUGACUAAAAAAUAGAAUGGAUUUGGUGACUUAAAAAAAAGGGAGGGGGGCAAAAACCCUGAUUUUAGCUGUUUGUGGAAUUUAGCAGGUACUCAAAAAUUAAAAUUGUAGUACGUGUGUGAGUGCAUGUCAUCAUUGACGAAUGGUGUGCUAUAGUUAUUUGGGGAGGAGGAGGGGAAAGUGGAUUCUUUGCUUUAAAUAUAAUACUGGUACAAACUUAUUAUAUACCUUCUCAAUGCUACUGUAUUAUUAAUAAUGGCAUUCCUUUCUUGAGCCAACAGUAACGACACAUUUUAGUUGUACUCGAGAAGAAUUGCAGUAUAGCCUAAACACAGCAACCUUUUUUUUCUGAUUGUAUUACAGCUGGUGCUUCUAAUGUUUUGGAAAAACAAAUUGCAUUGUGUCCUGUAACGGUUCUAAAAGCAUUUCACUUUGCUUAGGCGCAUGUAAAGGUCGCGUAGUAGGUAACAGUAAUAGUGUGAAUUGAAGUUCCUGACAGCGAAACAGAUGUGUAUAUCGACAGCACUGCUCGAGGCACGGGAAAUCAAAUUACACAUCCAGUGAAGCUAGUAGCGAUUCAGCUCAUUGAUGUCAGCACAAGCUAAAUUGUAGGAAUCGGGCAUAUGCUGUGUUUUACAGCGAAGUGGACGCUUAUGUUGGCGAGUGGAAUAUUCAGGAAAGUGGUGUUAUUGGAAGAAACCUGCAGGACACGCUGCUCAAUUUCUACAGAUGCACUUUGCUGGAUUUGAUAUUAGAAGAUAGUCAGCUCUCAGUUUUAUGUAUCCCCACAUACCUAAUAGAAACAUGUGGCUGUGUUAUUGCUCCUUUUAGCACCUAGCUUUUGAAUUUGCAUCAGCUUCUAAGUGGUAAUACUGAAUCUAUUAUUUUUUUCUCUCUCUUUCUAUUCAGACACUAACUGUUUCUGCCACAGCUUGACUCCCAGUUAUUUUUUUUACUUGGAAGUGAUGGUUCCAAGAGUCAGAUUUAAUUUGGUUUAAUUCAUUUAAAGUUGAUUAGAGCUUUUAACAGAAGUUAGGGUCACAAAGCAGCUUUACAGAAAUCAGUAUGUAGAUUUAGAUUACCAAUGAGCAAACCAGAGGAGGAAAGCUUGAGAGGAACCGUAUUCAAAAGGGACCCCAUCGUCCUGCAUCGAAACUUCUGCGUGGGAUUAUAAAUCAUUACUCUUCUACCACUAUACUCUUACUAUUGUGUGAAACAGUACUAAAUGUUUUGAAAGAGUAGAAUAAGCACAGGAUAGUCUUUAUGAUUACUGCAGCAGUUCUUAUGUACUACUUUUGUUGUUCGAAUGAAAUAUCCACUGAAACAAGGAUGAGCCUUGGGCACAAACUGUGUAUGGGAAGGUAAAAUUUGCUUGUAUCUUUCUCAUUUGUAAGUCGCUUUGGAUAAAAGCAUCUGCUAAGUGAAUAAAUGUAAUGUAAAAUCUUUAGAGCUCUCCUCUCACUAAUUCCAUUUCUUUCCUUGUAUGUAUAUUCACAUAAACCCAGAAAAUACUCUGGGGUUGUUUUUGGUCAUUUUAUUGUAAUAGUGACUUUCUUUUUUCUUUUUUUCUUUUUCCUUUUUUUUUUUAAAUGUACAUGAAUAUGUAUUCAUUUUUUUAAGAAUACACCACUCAUCCCCUUACCACUGUC